AUGGCGCUUGUGAGAGCUUGCUUGUUCAACAUUCUGUCUCACCGUAAUCGUAAUCCUUUCGUUUCUCUCUUCUCAAUCUCAUCACCUCUUUCUCUUCCUCCAAACCACUCCUUUACCAUCUCUGCUUCACUUUCCACUUCUCACUCUCACACCACACGCUUCAAACCAAUGUGCUUGUAUCAUACACAGGGAAAGUGCACCAAGAUGGAUGAUCUUAUUCACCUUGACAAGUUUAACCAUGAUUGCUCCAACGAGCUUCAAGUGAAUAUUGCUGAGUUAAACAAAAUACGUUCACAAAAUCUAGACUUUUUCCUUGUACUUGAUUUGGAGGGCAAGGUUGAGAUUCUUGAGUUUCCGGUACUAAUGGUUAGUGCAAAAACAUUGCAAGUUGAGGACAUUUUCCACAGGUUUGUGAGGCCUUCAAGUAUGACUGAACAAAGAAUAAAUGAAUACAUUGAAGGGAAGUAUGGAAAAAUUGGAGUUGAUAGAGUCUGGCAUGAUACAGCCAUACCAUUCAAGGAAGUUAUUGAAGAAUUUGAAGCUUGGUUAUUGCAAACAAAACUAUGGAUUGGAGGAGAACUUAAUCGUGCAGCAUUUGUAACUUGUGGAAAUUGGGAUUUGAAAACAAAGGUCCCUCAACAGUGUGAAGUGUCAAGGAUAAAGCUUCCUAGUUAUUUUAUGGAAUGGGUUAAUCUCAAAGAUAUCUAUCUGAACUUUUAUAAUAGGAGGGCCCCAGGAAUGGUUACAAUGAUGAAGCAGCUGCAGAUACCUUUGGUGGGAAGUCAUCAUCUUGGCAUUGAUGACACAAAGAACAUAACAAGAAUACUACAACACAUGCUUGUUGAUGGUGCACUCAUACAGAUUACUGCAAGGAGGAAUCCUAGGUCUCCUCGAGAUGUCGACUUUCUUUUCAAAAACCGUAUCUGA